UGUAUCCGAUACAUCAAACGAUUUAUUCAAAUGGAUACAAUGAAUUCCAGCAGUGACAAUGAAACAACCAACAAAACUGGUUUUAACUGGAUUAAUAGGGAGGAAGAAGUGGCAAGUCUUCUGACUCCGGUUGUUGCAUAUAUUUCCGUUCUCAUGACUUCCGGUGUGAUUGGCAAUUCUCUCGUCUGCUACAUCUGUUACCGGAAAUGGAAAGAAAGAAAAAUCAAAUACUUCAUUGGUUUUCUUGCAACUUUUGAUUUGCUCACGUGCUGCAUUUGUAUGCCGAUGGAAUUAGUUAUGCUACGACAACCUCUCUUGAUUGAAAAUGACAUUCUUUGCAAACUACAGAGAGGUACACGUGCGAUUACGUCUUUAGCUGCCGGAGGAAUGCUUGUCAUAAUUGCUGUUGAUAGGUAUAUCAGUAUAUGCAAGCACACACGCACGCGAAUACAACCGUCACAGGCACGUCGUUUAUGCUUAGUUUCCGUAUUUUUGGCAUUGCUAUUUUCAUGGCCAGCAUUUAUUUUAUUUGGCAUGAGAAGUCGGGACACCGAUAAACAAGUGAUUGCAGAAACACAAUGCUCAACAAUUAAUGAUUAUGGUGAUACGUAUCCGCUUGUUUACUAUGGGAUUAUAUUUGUUCUGUUUUUCGGCAUAUCGAUAUCGCUUGUUUUGUUUUACACUUUGAUUUGGUUAAGAAUUUUACGACUCCCGAAUUUGACGUCAUCAGCCAUGUCGACUGCAAAGAGACAGUCCGCAUCUGAAAGUGCUGACUUAACCGCUGCUAGUUUUCAAAAUACUUUGAACUUUGACACAGCAAAUAAGUCAACGGAAGAAUCUACAAAUGGAACGUACAUGCUUUCUUUUAAGCAAUCAGAAGAAAAUGGAAACCCAAGAAGGAAUACUUUAGACAGAAGGCGACACAGGUCAAAUGUAGAUGAAAGCGAUUCAUGCGAUUUUUCGACCGAUAUUUCGAGAAGUAAUUCCAUAGAUUACAUGGGUAGAAAACAAAAUUAUCCUGUUACUGUGAACAAUAACGAACAAGGAGACACAGAGGUCAUGCGACCAAGAAAAAAUACACAGGAAGGUCGAAGUAAAAGCUUCAAUAGGAAAUCCUCGUUCCUGGGUUCAAUAAGUAUGUCAAGUAAUGGUUCGAGACGAUCUAACAGUAAUAUGGUGCGCAGACGUCGAAUAACAAUAGCUAUGUUUGUGAUAACGAUUGUACAAAUUCUCAGUUUUCUUCCAUAUAUUGUGCUGCUUAUUUGCAAAAGUUUUCUUCCGGAGUUUCUGUCUUCGCUUAACUCACAUGCUCAAGUUGCAUAUAAUAUCGGUAUACUAUCACAUUUUAUCAGCAGUGGUGUUAAUCCAUUCGUUUACGGAUUUUGUAGUAAAAUAUUUCGGCGGGAAUUUAAGAAAGUGUUCUGUAAAAAGCUAAAACAUUACUCUAUUUUCCGAAUGAUUCAUUCAUGAACUUAAUAUUUUCUUGAAUUCGAAUGUCUUCUUCUCGAGUGAAGCAAAAGAACAAUUGACGAAUAAGCCUAAAUUGUAUUCGCAUAUAUAUGAAGCGUUAUCAAUCUUGACUAUAGCAUUCUUAAUCUCAGCACAGCUCGGACAAAUAUUUAAAAAGGUGACUUAUUGCCUAUACAAUAUCUGAUGACGAAUUACACAUGUCAACACACAUAUACAUUGGAUUUAGAGCAAUAUUAUGCAGAUGAUAUGCCUCUGGCAUUACGCACAAAUACUCUUUAAACAAAUGUUUGUCAAGUCUUACAAUUCUUAGUCUCUCAUUUCUAAAGAAUGGAACAUUUGUUAUGAAUGACCUACACGAAUGUAUCAAAGCUUUUGUACUGAUGAGAGUCUGUUAAAUUAUGCAUUACUUACAUGUAUACUAGUUUUGUAAUAAAUAUGCAGAUAUA